AUGAUAUUUGGUCAACAGAAUUCAGCUGUGGAAGUCCUGAUUAAUCAGUCCACCCGAAGAUGGAGAGAAGAAGUUAUUGAUCACUGUUUUAAUAAAACUGAGGCAGAAGUCAUAAAGAACAUUCCUCUGAGCUCCUAUCCCCAACGGGAUACUCUGGUAUGGCCUUUCACACCUAAUGGACAGUACACUGUGAACUCAGGCUACAGGUUCCUCUUUGAAGAGAAUAGCACAAGCCAACCCACUCAACAAUCCUCAUUGCACACCUCUGGUUGCUGGAAGAAGUUGUGGAAGAUGAAUAUCCCAAACAAGAUCAAAAAUUUUGUUGUUUGGGUAGCAGAUCAACAGUGGCAGUGGCUGUCAGCAAUGCAAGGGAAGACGGCAAUGGAGAUUUUUAGUCACGCAUUGGAGGAAGACAAAGACCCUUCAUUGCUAGCCUACACGGCAUGGACGCUCUGGAACUGCAGAAAUAAGGCUCGUGUAAACGAGACUCAAUGCCCACUGAACCAGGUUAUGCAACUCGCAAGGGAACGAAGGAGGGAGUUCCAAACAGCACAGCCAAUUUUUCCGAAGCAGCUACACCGGAAACACACCAGAUGGAAGCCACCUGACGUCGGAAGCUUCAAAGUCAACUAUGAUGGAGCAUUUUUCGAAGAUCAAGGCAGAGCUGGAAUCGGAGUGGUCAUACGUAAUUCUGAAGGAGUAGUGUUGGCCUCCCUUUCGCAGCAAAUUCCUCUGCCAAACACAGUUGCACAGGUGGAAGCUUUGGCAGCACGAAGAGCAGCUGAAUUCGCCUUGGAGAUUGGCAUUAAUCAAGUCGUUAUUGAGGGAGACUCCGAAGUCAUUUACAAGGAUCUAGUCAAUCCAGGACCUUCUCUUGCUCUACACGGACACCUGAUUUUUGAUGUACUGUAG